AUGGCCACUCUCUCCAAGAUGACCUGCUGGGCCACUGCCUUGCUCGCAGCCGUCGCCACAGCCCAACCUCACGGCCACAUCCACCACCGUCACCAGCACAGAUCCACCACAUGUGACUUCGGCAUCCCCGACCCCCCAGGCUGCCCAGCUGGCGUGCUCUCUCAAUGGUGCGGCAUGAUCACCACCGAAGUCUCCGGCCUCAAGACCUCCGAGAACCCCGUCGCCAUGAUCCCCAACAUCGAAGCCAUCUACAAGCAAGCCAACAUCAAGGCCGAUCCCUCUUCCGCCCUCGCCGACCCGGAGACCAUCAUGCAGUACCCUCAAGCUCGCGCUGCGAUGGAGCGCAUGAAGGCCUCGUAUCCAACGACCGGCUCUCCUGAUCUGACUCCGGAGGACAUCCAGAAUGUGUACGCCGACGCCCUCAACGCUGCUUGCAACAAGACGGGUGUCCCGGAAGAUAUCCUCAUCAAGAUCAUCUGGACGGAAUCCAAGGGUCACCCGUUGGUCUACAACGGCCUCACCCAAAUGGACUACGUCGCCUGGGGCCAAAUGGCCGACGAGAACCCCGAUCUCAAGAACCGCUACGAGCCCACGUCCAACAUCGUCGCGGCCGCCAUGUACCUCGCCAAGCAGAAGGGCCAGUUCGGCGGGACCUGGGAUGAGACGUACUACAACCACUACCAGGACCCAAGCCUGCCUGAUGCUUAA